AUGCUUCAACAUUUAUCAGCUACUAGUCCUUAUGUUUGUGAUUUAAGUCGUGGGCCUAUUGAACCAGCAAAUCGUAUGGCCUCAACACCCACCAACAAAAUAAAUAUUUUACUUGAACAAAAAGAUAGUUUUCCGAAAACACGUACACCUCUUAAACUUCUUGGACCGGAUGAAAUACCAAUCGAUAUUACUAUAACAACAAAUGAUAUUAAUGCAAGUCUUCAACCUGUAUGGUAUACAGAACAAACUAUUGUUGAUGAUCACCACGUACAACAAGAAGAUAAUACAUCAACAAUUCAAGAAAAAUCUCGAACAACCUUAACACGUGCAACAUUACCACCAAUACAAAGUGAAAGUCCAUCAAUAAGUGAAGAUGAUGAACUUCCAUCAAAUCAACCAUCAUUAAUGCAUAAAUCAUUAACAUUUACUAUUGAACCAUCGAUAAAUGUUGAUUCACAAUCAGAUGAUUUAGAAAAAGAAAAUCUUAAUACUGAUGAUAACAAACCGUCAAUCGCAGCAGCCCCAUCUGAUGAAUCAUUUCGUGCACUUGAACAUCUCUUAGGUCUUGGUUCAUCAACAACUAUUCGUGAAUCACCUAAACCAAAUCAUGAUACACUUUCAUUAACUGUUGUUACACCAACUGAUAUUAUUAAUUCAACAACAACAUCAUUACGUAUGAGUUAUGCACCAAAAACUACAACAGAUAAUUUACCAUUAUCACAAGAUAUUCCAAUUAUGCCAAUUAUUGAAAGUAUAAAUUCAACAAAUCCACCAUCAUUUCUUAUGGAUAACACUGCAAAUGAAGAGGAACAAGCAUCAACAACAAUAAAUCAACAAGAUUCAUUUGAUAAUAUUGAAAAUAAAACAAAUACAGAUGAUGAAACAGAUUUUUCAUUUGAAUUAAAUGAUUUUUCGAAUAAUUCAAAACCUGAAUCAAUCGUUAAUGUUCCUGAACCACCAAGUCAACCAAUGAUUACAAUUCGUGCACCAACAUGUGCUGAUGUUGCUUAUCGCGCUUUAAUUAAACCACGAUCAAGUGCUAGAAUAUCUCAACCAGUUAAAGUUGAUUCACCAUUAGCAACAUCAAUUAAACCUCGUUCAUCAGCUCCAGCAUCACGUAUUCUUCGUUCAAGCUGUCGUCGUAUAUCUACUGAUUCUUCAUCACAAAAUUCAAUCGUUCAAGGUAAUUAUUCAAUAAAACAAUCACCAGCAAACAACGAAUGUUUUGUGAAUAAUGAAAAUGGAACAAAUACUGAAAAACAAAAUGAAUUUGUAGAAAUUGUUAGUGUACUUGAAGAAGAUGAAAAUGAACAAGAAAAAACAAAUUCAAUUACAUUAAAUCUUACUUCAUCAAAAUCAACUGAUGAAAUUAAUCAAAAUAUGUCUAAUCAAAUGGAACAAAUUUCUACACCAAUUAAAUCAUUAAUGCCACUAUUAUCACGUGAAUAUACAUAUAAUACACCAAAACGUCGUCAAUCACAACGUCGUCGUUCAAUGUUAAAUUCUUCAUCGAAUUCAUCAAUGCUCACUGACCAAACAACUAUAAAUGAAGAAGAAUCUAAAUCACCAACAAUACCAUCAAAAUCAAUGUUAAAUAUUCUUUUAACAAAUACAACUGAAUCUGAACAAAAAUCAUUAACAAAUAUACAAACACUUUCACCUGUUCAAUCAACAACAAAAUCUCCAUCAGUUACAUCAAAAUCAAUGUUAGGCAUUCUUUUAACAAAUCCAACUGAUAUUGAACAAAGUGUUUUACAAGAAACAUCAAUAAGACCAUUAAAUCGUGUAUCAACACGUAAAAGUAAACGUUUAUCAACAAAUUUAACACCAAGAGUUAGUAUUAAUCCACUUCAUUCAUCAACACCAUCAACAACAAAACGACAUAAAUCUUUACAAAUGGUUUCAAUUGGAGAACAAGAACAAGUUUUAACAACUGUUCCACAACAAAUUAAUAACGAUGAUCAAGAAAUUGAAAUAAUACCACUUAAUAAAACUGAAGAAAGUAUUCAACAAACAACAACUCCUCGUACAAUUGAUACUAGUGUUCAAACAACGCCAAGUCUUAAUACAUCAUCACGUCGUUAUUUAAAUACAAUUGAACAACAAACAACACCAAUUGUUCAAAUAAAUAAAUCAAAAUCAAGUAUUAUUAUUCAUGAACAACAACAACAACAAAUAUCAUCAAUGCAAACAGAAAUGGUUAUGAGCUUACAACGUAAUGUACGUUUUCAAUUAACACCAACAACUGAUGCACGUUUAGUUGAAAAAGAAAAACUUGAAGAAACUUUACGUGGUUUAAAACCAGAUAUUAUCAUUAAUCCAAUACCAAUUAUAACUCUACCAAAACAAGAAACUGUUAAAUCAGUUAAAUCUAUUCGAACGAAAAAAAAUUCGAAAGCAAAUAAAAAAGUAGUUACAAUGAAAAAGAAAAAAGUCAUAUCAAAUAAGAAAUCACAAGUGAAAAAACCUUUAAAACGACUUUCACCAACAAAAGUUUUAAAGAAAAAACCUGAAAGUACUCGAACAAAAAAACGUUCUCAACGAAAACGACUUAAUCUUGAAGUUACAAUUGAACCAGCUGCUAAACGUACUAAAACUUCAAAACCCAUUCAAAUUCCUUUACCAUCAUUGACUCCACCAAAAACACGAACUGCUUUAACAAAUAAUAAAAAACAUAAGUCUGAAUCAGUUGAACGACAUGCUAAACCACCAACUGUUCCAAAACCUAAUAAACAAAACAAAUCUGAACAAAAACGACGUGCUUUGAAAAACAAUAAGACUGAAUUAGUUAAACAAGAACAACCAAAAGCUUUAACAAACAAUAAUACUAAUAAACGUGAAUUAAUGAAACGACAACGAAGUACUUCUGCUAAGAAUAAAGCUCAAUCAAGUGCUUCUGAAAACAAUAAGCCUGAACCGAUUAAACAAAAACGAAAUGCCAUGAAGAAGAAUGCAUCAGAAUUCAGUACUCGGGAAAAUAAGAAGCCUGAACCGAUUGAACAAAAACAACAUAUUUCGGAAAAGAAUAAAGCCGAACCUAUUAAACAAACACGAAGUGCUUCGAAACAGAAAAAAGCAGAAGCAAGUGCAUCGGAAAAUAAACCUAAACCAAUCGAACAAAAACGACGUGCUUCGAAGAAGACUACAACUGCAUCAAGUUCUUUGGAAAAGAACAAAUCGAAACCAGUUAAACUAACACGAGCUGCCUCGAAAAACAAGAAAUCUGAACCAAUUGAACGACCAGUAGAAAUAACUGUUGAACCAAAAAUUACUGAAUUAAUAAUUAAAACAAGAAAACGUCGAUUGGAAAGUGUUGAAAAAAAUGAAGCAUCGAAAAAGAAAGUUGAAAUUCAAAACAUUGAAGUAAAUCAAGAUGAACGACAAAAGAUGGAAGAAUUAACUGUUGCUGAACUUAAAUCUCGAUUAAAUAACCAUAAAGAAGAUAUACCAAAACGUGCGAAGAAAGCUGAUCUUAUCGCUUUACUUAUGAAAAUAGAUACGAAUUUACUUAAACAACGAAAAGAAGUUGAAGCACCAAUUGUUAAAAUUAAUGGAAAUUCUUGGUUUAAAGAAGAUCAAAAUGAAAUGGAUACAUCAAGUUAUACUGGUUUACCAAAUAAACUUUUUCAAGGUUUAACAUCAGUUAAAUCAACAUUAACAACUGGUCAUAUUCUUGAAAAAUCCGAAAAAACAUUUAUUGAAAAAAAUGAUAGAUUUCAUCAUCAUAUGGCACGUAGUGUUUUAGGUAUUCAAGCGCCAUUAAAAUUACAAACAGAAUUACAAAUAGCUAAUAAACUUGGUCGUCUUCCAUGUUUACCAAGUUCACGUUUAAUGGUUGAUGUAUUACGUGGUACAAAUGAAGAUAUUUCAUUUGAUGAUAUAUUAAAUAAUCCAUAUGAAUUUGGUGAACGUCAAGUAGAUCCACAUUUAGCUAUGGAUAAACAAGAUCAAUUAUUUUAA